GUUUUAUCUGGCUCUGAGGCCAACAAAUUAAACCAAAUAAAACAUUACCCCGAAAAUGCAGCCAGAGAGAGAACCAGAGUCCGCACCCUUCGGCAGGCGUUUCUGUCCCUCCAGGCCGCCCUUCCAUCUGUCCCACCUGACACCAAACUGUCCAAACUGGAUGUGUUGAUCUUGGCCACCAGUUAUAUUGCCCACCUCACACAUACUUUGGACAAGGAUGGAAAUCUACCUGGCAGUUCAACCACUUACCCCCAGUUCCGCAGGGGCCCUGGAUUUCUACACCCUAUGAAG